AUGGGCGGGACCAAGAUUUUUCUGUCCCAUCCGGGUCUCGGAAAAAUUCUUUUGUCCCGUCCCGAUUCUGAAUAUAAUUUUGCUUGUAAAACUCGAAAAAAACAAUCUGUUCAUGCCAGAAACUAUUUUGCUGUUUUUACGAAAUUGUUAAAAAGAAUUAUUGAUUCCAGUGCCGGUCUCGAUCAAAAUCUUUUUAAGCGAGGUCAAAGUUUACCAUUCGAAAAGCAAGCAUCAUUAGAAGAUCGAUAUUAUAACAAUAAAAGUUUUAAGGAAGAUUAUUCUGUUAAUGAUCCUGAAGUUGAUAAUGCUGCACGCAAAAUACAAACACAAUUUCGAGGACACCAAACAAGAAAAGAAAUUGAAAAAAUGAAAAAAAGUGGUCAAAAUGAUUUUGAUCAACAAGAACUUGGCUAUCGAAUUGAUCAACAACGACAACAGCAGCAAGAUGAUGAUGAUGAUGAUGAUGAUGAGAGUGAACGAGAAUAUUAUCAGGAUAAUCAGCCAGAAGAACGAAGACGAAGUGCACAAGAUGAUAGAAAUAAACAACAAAGAGAUGCAACCCCAACAGCUCAGAGUGAUGGUGAAGAACAUCAGUAUGAUGAAGAUAAUGAAGAUUUUGGUGACCGACAACAACAGGAAGAAGAAGAAUAUCAACGAGAAGAUGAAAAUGAAAAUGAGCAAGUCGAUGAAGAAAGUCAAGAAAAUGAUGAAGUUCAUGGUGGAUAUUUAGCAUUAACAAAGUGA